GUAGACAGCCGCCCGUGAGAGACGCGGAGAAGAUGACUUUGGGUCUGAUCAAUGCGAACCCAGUGGUUCACGCCAAGAAGGAGAGGGUCGCUCGAACCGAAGACCUCCAUGGCGACGAUGCCGUCGAUCCUCUUGAAAUCUAUGAUUUUGUAAGGGACAUUAGAGAUCCGGAGCAUCCGUAUUCACUAGAACAGCUUAGUGUGCUGUCGGAGGAAUCCAUUACUGUUGAUGAGAAGCUUGGGCGAAUUUUGAUAACAUUCACUCCAACAAUCCAGCAUUGCAGCAUGGCGACAGUAAUUGGCUUAUGUCUGCGAGUUAAACUAAAACACUAUUUCCCUCCACAUUUUAAGGUUGACAUCAAAGUAUCUCCUGGAUCUCAUGCAAAUGAAGAAUCAGUUAAUAAGCAGUUGAAUGAUAAAGAAAGAGUUGCUGCUGCCUUGGAGAACCCCAAUCUUCGCCAGCUUGUGGAUGAGUGCCUCUACUCCAAUGAACUCUAAUCAAGUACUGUUGACCCAUGUACAGUAAUAACUUCCUGCAGGGUAAUGCUAUCAGAGAUGGUUUUGGUUUUUUGUAAUAUGAAUUUGAUUUGCUGAAAGUUGGGUUUGCUUUGCGAGUGUCCUUUCUAAUUAUUAGUUCCCAUGGAUGCAUCUAUGAAAAUGGAGAAAAGCAACCUCAUUCCAUGAAAGAUAUAUCAUGCAACUUUUGUGGACCUAGCUGUAUCAUUAGAUUGGUAGGCCAAUAUUUAGAUGGAUGGUAACCCUAACAGGCAAUGGUACCUGGAAUAAUUCCAAUGGAAGGUUGUUUUUCA